GAGAGAGAGGGAGAAUGCUGUUGCACUGUGUCUUCUCUCUUUCGCAUGCACAAACACUUGUCUUUAAACUCAGUCCCGCAAGCUGGAGGCUUUGGGCCGAGACGUGGCCGGAAUGGAUCCACUUUGAAAACAUUCUUUCCUGGAGGUCCGGGGUGGGAGAUGGGAAGAGUUUUCCCAAGUUAGAGGUCAGUUCCCAGCUGAUUACUUUGCUAUUUCGGGGAGGGGAUGUCAUCCAGGUCUUUAUGAGUAAUAAUUGGGUGCAGAAAAGACCCAGGUCCUUGUCUGACUGCCAAACAACCACCAUUACAGCAUUUUGGCAUCUUUGACAUUCAGAUAAAUAGUCCAGUUAUGUGGAUGUUCCCUUUUUCUUUCUUUCUUCUAGUGAACUUGGGAGAAGACCAUUGCUUACGCUUUCCCUCCCUCCCUCUAACCCCAAUUUCCUGCCUCCCCCCCCCAGCAGGACCAAGAUGGCCCACUGCCGAGACCUCUUGCUCUGCGCUGCCUUGGCCCAACUGGCGUCUCUGGGGGCCUCCCUCCACCUUGGCAGGGAAAGCACAGAUGAGCUCAAAGUUCUGCGGGUCUCAAUUGCCAAGUUUCCGCCAGUGCGAGCCGUCCUGUCCGGCAGCCUCACCAUCCCCUGCCACAUCACCUACCUGCAGCCACUGCCCACUGCCAAAACGGCCGGCCGCCAAGGGGUUCGGGGCACCCUCCGAGUAAAAUGGACCUUCCUUGUUGAUGGCAAAGAGACCGAGAUCCUGGUGGCCCGGGGCCUGAAGGUCAAAGUCAGCGAAAUCUACCGUAACCGAGUCUUUCUGCCCUUCUAUCCUGACUCGCCCAUGGAUGCCACCCUGGUGCUGAGCGAGCUGCGCUCCAAUGAUUCUGGACUGUAUCGCUGUGACGCUCAACACGGGAUUGAGGACGGGCAGGAUUUCCUGGAGGUGAAGGUGAAGGGGGUCGUCUUCCAUUACCGGGGAGGCUCUUCCCGCUACGCCUACACCUUUCCCCAGGCCCAGGCGGCCUGCGCCCGGAUCGGGGCGGCCAUCGCCACCCCCGAGCAGCUCCACGCCGCCUACCGCGGCGGCUACGAGCAGUGCGACGCCGGCUGGCUGGCGGACCAGACGGUCAGGUAUCCCAUCCAUACCCCUCGCGAAGCCUGCUAUGGAGACAUGAAUGGCUUUCCGGGAAUCCGCAAUUAUGGCGUAGUCAAUCCAGAUGACAUGUAUGACGUCUACUGCUACGCUGAAGAACUUUAUGGGGACCUGUUUCUGGUGAGCUCCCUGAGGAAAUUCACCUGGGAGGAGGCCAAAGCCGAGUGUGAAGCUCAGGGGGUGGAGAUGGCCACGACCGGCCAGCUCUAUGCAGCCUGGAACCAAGGGCUGGACCACUGCAACCCAGGCUGGCUGGCAGACGGCAGCGUGCGCUACCCAAUUGUGACACCCCGCGAGAAGUGUGGAGGGAAUCUGCCAGGAGUCAAAACCAUCUUCCUCUUUCGCAAUCAGACGGGAUUCCCAGAUCCCCAGAGCAAGUACGACGUGUUCUGCUUCAAAGAGGAGACCAGCCCUUCCCUGGAAUCUCCCAUCCCUGAGGCAGAGAGCAGCAAGGAGAUCACCACGGUGACCCAGAAGAUGGAGGAGCUGCAGCUGGCCGAGGGAGAGCCCGAGGGGGCCAAGGAGUCCAGGGGGGCCAUUUAUUCUGUGCCCCUCUUCCAGGAUCCCCUUGAGGUGCCAGAAGAGCCAAGCAAAGCCUUUGAGGAGGCAGCUACCACAGAGCCCCCCGAGGAGUCUGGCCCAGGCGGUUGCGACAGGCGGAGCGGAGGAGAAGAGGGGGAGGAAAGAGUUGGCAGCUGUGCCAGGCAACACGGGCCUGGGCGAGAGCCAGCAGACCCCGGCACAGAAGAGGUGCCCAGCACCCAGAAGGCCCACGUCGUGGACCAAAGCCAACAGAGGGAGGAAGGAGAGCCAGAGGUUUUGGAGGCAUCUCCCCAGGAAGGGGAGGCUGAGGACGGAGAGGCAGUGGGGAGCCAGCCCAGGGAUGAGAAGGAGCCCCACGGUGUCGGCAGCCCUGUAGAGCCCUCCCCAGAGACCGCAGCCAGCUCCUCUGACAGCCCAGAGGGAGAGACAGUGGGCAAAGUCCAUGAAGGUCUCUCUGCAGCUCCCUCAGAGAGGACUCACGGUGCCAGCCAGGGCUCCAGUCCCCCCAAAGAGGCCGAGGCAGGAACUUCUUCUGCCAGGCAAGUCGAAAGCAGCUCCCCCGUGUCUGGGCUGGCAGGCACUCACCCCCCCGGUCCUCCCCGAGAGGCAGGAUCUGAGCCUCCAGGGACAGUCGCCUUCCCGGUGACCCCCUGGGCUCCCGUGCUGCUCCUGUCCCUGAGCGUGAUGCCAACCGGCCCGUCUGAAGAGAGUGGGGACCACUCGGGUUCCUCCUGGCCACCACCAGCCAGGGUCUCCUCGGUCGCCAUCUCCAGUCCUCCAGAUGAGGCUGUGGCUGCCUCGAAGGCUUUUGCUGGCUCUGGAGAGGAGCCUGAGAUGGAGGAUCGGGCUGAGACCGAAGCCAGCCCUUCCAAAGAGGAGCCCUGGGCAGAAGCAUCGGAGAAGGACCAGGAGCCGGCUCUGAUGACAAUCAUGCCGGCUGCAGAGGAAGAAGGGCACCCGGGACACCAGGAGGCUGUCCCCUCUGGAGGCCCUUUGGGCUUGGACUUCUUCAGCACCCCGUUCCUGGAGGCCUCCUUGACUACCACCCACUCUCGGCCAGUUCUGCCCACUGAAAGUGCCAGCCUUGGAGCAUCUGGCAGCGUGUCAGACGCCUGCAUGCCAAACCCCUGCAGGAACGGAGGGACCUGCACGGAGGAAAGUGGGCGCCCAGGGUGCCUCUGCCUGCCGGGAUACGGAGGGGAUGCCUGCGACGUCAGCCUGAGGAAGUGCCAGCCCGGCUGGGACGCCUUCCAAGCAUUCUGCUACAAGCACUUUUCUGCCCGGAGGAGCUGGGAGGACUCCGAGACCCAGUGCAGGGAGCAUGGGGGUCACUUGGCCAGCAUCAUGUCUCCGGAGGAGCAGAGCUUCAUCAACAGUCAGUACAAGGAAUACCAGUGGAUCGGCCUGAAUGACCGCACGAUCGAAGGGGACUUCCAGUGGUCUGAUGGGAGUCCUCUGCUGUAUGAGAGCUGGCAGGAUGGGCAGCCUGACAGCCAUUUCCUCUACGGGGAGAACUGCGUGGGCAUGUCCUGGCGAAAGGAUGGGAAGUGGAGCGACGUGCCCUGUGGCUACCAUCUGCCCUUCACCUGCAAAAUGGGGCUGAUCUCUUGCAGCUCCCCUCCCAAAGUGGCCAAUGCGCAGAUAUUUGGCAAACCAAAGCAGCAUUACGAAGUCAAUUCUGUCCUCCGAUACUGGUGCCCGGAAGGCUUCGCUCAGCACCGCCAGCCGCUCAUUCGCUGCCAGGAGAACGGCCAGUGGCAGCAGCCACAAUUUGCCUGCAGCCCUGGGGAGUCCUAGAGGCUGGUUGCCUCUGCCCUGGGGAACUUUGGACAGCUGGGGGUGUCUCUGGGAGAAGGGGGGCAUGGAGUGCUGAGUGCCAGAGCAGGACGGGCCUUGGGGGAAGGGGCUCCUGAGUGCAGACCCUCAU